AUGCAAACAUCUGCAACAGCGUCUACGUCGAAAUCAGAUCUACCUAAAGUUUCCAAACUGCCAGGAAACAACACCGACAAACCAGGCCAGUCUAACACAACUGAGAGAGCUGAAAAUAGUGGUACAACAGGAUCUUUCGAGUGUAACAUAUGCCUUGAUUCCGCUCGAGAUGCAGUGGUGAGCAUGUGUGGUCAUCUUUUUUGUUGGCCAUGUCUACAUCGUUGGCUUGAAACAGCGGAAACGCGUACAGUGUGCCCAGUUUGCAAAGCUGCUAUCAGCAGAGACAAAGUUAUUCCUCUCUAUGGACGUGGUGCAGACCACACACAAGACCCUCGCACAAAAAUUCCACCUCGUCCAGCUGGUCAUCGCACAGAACCCGAUCAAGGUAUGGGGACUUUCGGAGGAACAUGGGGAGGAUUAUUCGGUGGUUCAGAUGGGGGAAAUUUUCGGAUGUCAGUUGGUAUUGGAGCAUUCCCAUUCGGAUUUCUUGCAACAACUUUUAACUUAGGUGGAAGUGGUACUUCCGCUAAUCCGAACAGUGGUAAUGUCAACAGUCGACCGGUUUCACCGGAUAAUUUUUGGACUGCUGACUCAGAGACUAUGUCAAAGCUAUGUUUAUUUAUUGCUAUAUUUUUCAUUGGCUGGUUGUUAAUUGCCCUUAUCUUUUUCUCAGUCGUUUUUAAUUAUUUUAAUAGUGAAUAUGAUGGUUGUGUAAAGUGUGAUGUGUUUUUCAUCAUAGUGACAUUUAAUUCUGAUAAUUGUGCAAUUAACAGACCUCUUUUCAAUGCACACAGGAACAGUUAUUGUUUAUUUACUAAUUACAAACUGGAGGAUAUCAAGGUGUUUACAGUGAAGUUAAUCGCACCGGUGUUUUCAGAGUUGCUUUUUCAAACAGUGAGUCCUAUGGUUCGUGUGAAAAACCGAUAUCUUGUUUGCUUCGUUUCCAUCCAACCAAAUAACCCCAGUACAUUUAUACCAGGUUAUCCGGGUUGUCAGAAGGACGACUCAGCUGCUAUGCGUCUGAGUGAAUCUGAUCUCUCAGUUAUGAUAAGACAGAACAUCACUUUAGCACACGGUUCACUGGGAGUUGGUCAAUCCAUGUCGCGUCUAAGGGUUAUUCAUUGGUGUCCUGCCUCUGGUUUGCUUGUUAUCCGCUGUCUUCGUAGUGUAUCAGCCUAUGUUCAGACAGCUUUAUCUUUGGUUACUAGCCUAGAUAUUGGUGGACAGAAGAGGACAGCAGUAAUCGACGUUUACCAUGUGAGUGGAACGGUUAGAGGCUGUCAGAAAUACUUAGUCAAAUUUUAUUCUCACCACCUAUUUUCAAGACCGGAAAAGGUAUUUCGAACUGCUCUGUCUAUUGCGGUUGAACAAAGUAUUAUUACUCCAUAUCCGCCUACCAUAAAUGAAGAGUAUUAA